AUGAAGCUAUCCGGGAUGUUCCGAAUCAGCUUUGUCGCAGCUAUCGUCACUGCGCUCAUCCUGCUUCCAAGCCGCAUCGCUGCCGGUGGCAGCAACGAGGCGAGUACCUCGACUCCACUUCAACGUUAUUAUACAGGACAGCCCGGGGCCGUAUUUAAUAUCAAUGAUUACAUCAAGAGCCUCAAUUACAGAAAUAUCAAUGAUUACAUCAAGAGCCUCGAUUACAGAAACAUCCAUAAAUUGCCAGAAAAGCCAGCUAAUACUUAUAGAAAAGUCCCCUUUUACGAAGGUACUCCCGCGUACUCCAUUGAAACUCCCAUUGAAACGGUCCGACAGGCCCUCCGAGACCAUGGCUCUGUUUCAAUUGUCGAUGCCCCCAAUGAAUACGCGAAACGGAUCGUACUGAACGAUGGCAAUAUCAAAAUCGAAAUGAUGCGAAAUGAAAAAUCGGCGCUGAUUAAUAUCUUCAAACAUCUGGAUCCUAAUCUGCAUCUCCUCCGGAAUAUGGUCCGAAGUAACAGCAUCAACGAGGAUCCUGGGGUAAACAUCGAUCACCUACCAGUUGUCAAUGGCAAGCCCAUGCUCUUCCAAGACUCUGCAACUCUCGGCCACAUGAUAACAGCUGCCCGCACCGAGCCGAAAAAGUUUUACUACGUCCCACAUGGAAGGGUCCCCAUAUUGAUCGACCCCAACAUAGACAAGCUGAUUGUGGACGAAGGUAGAAAUGUGGAGGAAGACCCUUACCGCGUUAUGGUCGGGUAUAAUAGCGCCAAGAACCAAUACGGCGAAUCAUUGGCAUCUAUAAUUUGGGGCAAGCCUAUCAAACCCAGUACUGAUAACCUACGAACUGCGAAAAUUUCACUAAAGGACUCUCCGCGGUUUAGACAUGACGGUCCGAGAGAUGCUAUGGCGAGAUCACUGAAAAACAGCAAACUCAUCCGCGUAUACAAAGAGAUCAAUGGAAAGGAAUAUGACUACAAGGUAAAGGUGCUGAAUCCUCUAGCCAAGAAAGGCGAAGCUUUAAGAUUCUCUGUUAAACCAGUCUCCACCUUAGAACGUUUACAGAUGUUUUUUCGAUUUACUCAUUGA